CCCCAGCUCCGCCCUAGGAACCCUGCGCCGGGCUCCACGCGGCGCCUCCCGCGGCAGGCGUCUGACGGGGCAGACUCGGAAGGGCUGGAGCCCUGCGGCACUGGAAUAGGGGCAGAGCUCAGGGGCGACGAGCGUGGUCACUUAGUGACUGUUGCUAGAGCGGGACGCUGGCGUCGUGCGCAGGACGCCGCAGCCCCUGGUAAAGCGCAUGCGCAGGGAGCUCGGGGAAGGGGCCGGGUUCCGUGUGGAGGGCCGGAAGCAGCGGGCGUCUCAGGUAGUGACGGUUUUAAAUCCCCCUGGCCCGGCCGGCUCCUUUCCCCGGCCGGUGAUGGACGCGCGGGCGCGAGCUAAGCGCUACGAGAAGCUCGACUUCCUGGGCGAGGGGCAGUUUGCCACUGUUUAUAAAGCAAGGGAUAAGAACACCAAUCAAAUUGUUGCUAUUAAAAAGAUUAAACUUGGACAUAGAUCAGAAGCUAAAGAUGGAAUCAACAGAACAGCCUUGAGGGAGAUAAAAUUGUUACAGGAGCUAAGCCAUCCAAAUAUCAUUGGUCUUCUUGAUGCAUUUGGACACAAAUCCAAUAUUAGUCUGGUCUUUGAUUUUAUGGAAACAGAUCUAGAGGUUAUAAUAAAGGAUAGUAGUCUUGUGCUGACACAAUCUCACAUCAAAGCAUAUAUGCUGAUGACACUUCAAGGACUGGAAUAUUUACAUCAGCACUGGAUUCUACACAGGGAUCUCAAACCAAACAAUUUGUUACUAGAUGAAAAUGGAGUUCUAAAAUUGGCUGACUUUGGCUUGGCAAAAUCUUUUGGAAGCCCAAAUAGAGUCUAUACACACCAGGUAGUAACAAGGUGGUAUCGAGCACCUGAGCUACUGUUUGGUGCUAGAAUGUAUGGUGUAGGUGUAGAUAUGUGGGCUGUUGGCUGUAUCUUAGCAGAACUACUUCUUAGGGUUCCUUUUUUGCCAGGAGACUCUGAUCUUGAUCAGCUGACAAAAAUAUUUGAAACGCUGGGGACUCCAACAGAAGACCAGUGGCCUGGCAUGUCAAGUCUUCCAGACUAUGUAACAUUUAAAAGUUUCCCUGGAAUGCCACUUCAACAUAUCUUCAGUGCAGCUGGUGAUGACUUGCUAGAUCUUCUCCAAGGUCUAUUCAUAUUUAAUCCUUGUACUAGGGUCACAGCUACACAGGCAUUGAAACAAAAGUAUUUUAGUAAUCGACCAGGACCAACACCAGGAAUUCAAUUGCCAAGACCAAACUGUCCUGCAGAAGCCUUAAAGGAACAACAAAAUUCACUUUUAAAUUUAAAAAGGAAGAGAACAGAAGGAAUAGAUCAAGGAUUACCAAAAAAGUUGAUUUUUUGAUUACCGUGGAUGACGAUGAUUAAAUGGCCUGAAAGACCAAGACAAUGGGAAAAUGCUGCACCAUUACCUGAACUUGGAUGAAAACUGAAUUUGUAAUAUAUUUACAUGUGUAAAAUGUGAAACUUAAUAUUUCAGUGCGGAAACCAUGUGGGGUGUUUCAUUAAACCUAUUCCUCUUUGAAUAAAUAUAUUUUUUAAAAAGA